CUCUCCCAUAAUGCACUGCAGGCUUAGACUCCCUUCUUCCGGGUUUGAUCAAACUCCACGUGAGUGACAUCUCCACACAGUCCUGUCAACAAACCUGUGAUCAUGGAUGGACACGAGGACGAGGAGUUCGCGGUGUUUGUGGCUCUCCACGCCGGAGCCCUGCAGUCCUCGGGGAUACCCCAAAUCUACUGGAGGAGUCUCCAUCACAAAAUCACCAACGAGAUUUAUGAUGCUGGGGAAGUUUUCGGCAUCAUGCAGGUCCAACAAGAAGAGGACGCUGAAGAUGGAGAGAAUGAGGAGGAGGAGAAGAAGAAGAAGAAGGGCAAUCCUGGAGCUGUGAUCAGCUGUAAAGUGGUGGUGACCCGGGAGAGUGGGCUGCAGGCCUCAGAGCCAGACAGUGUCUUCCUGGUGGAUCACGCCUGGACGUACCACGUGGAGACUGCCCGUCAGCAGCUGGAGCAGGUCCCCGGCCUGCUGCCCAGAAUGGCCUCCCUCAUGGGGGUGGACUUCCAUGGCGAAGCCCCCGACCCAGACACAGUGGAGCUGGUGAUGGAGAGCAUGUGGAAGUACAACCAGACUUAUCACCUCUCCCAGGGGUCUGCAGAAGAGAAGGUCCCCGUGUGGUAUGUCAUGGAUGAGUUUGGCUCCCAGGUGCAGCACUGUGACCAGCCCACCUGUGGCAUGGCUCCCUUCUUUUACAUUCAAGGCCAGCUCGCCUACUCGGUGCUCUGGCCUCUGCAGGACAUGCAGGAAGGAGAUGAAGUCACCCGAGAUUACACAUAUGGAGAGACAGACCCCCUGGUGAGGCGGUGCCGUCUGUUACCUUGGGUUCCUGAUGAUCUAGAACAGGUCAGCUGUGUCACCGCAGAGCCCCCAGACUUGUAUUACGAGACCAUCGUACGGGAAAACAAGGAGCAGCUUCCUCUAGAAACUCAACCCUGUACUGUGCCCGAGGACAAAAUCCUCAAGGUUUACUCCCAAAUGUCUCAAGUAACAAACAACCUGACACACCCACGGUUCCAGAUGACCGAGGAAGAGGAGGAAGCUGACAUCAUCUGGAACUAUAAUCACAUCAAAGACUACAGGAAGCUAAGCGAGGAGCGGCCUCAUGUGAUGCUUAACCAGUUUCCCUGUGAGAGCAUUGUCACUGUGAAGGACUGCCUGGCUUCUGUGGCCCGCAGACUGAAAGGAGGCUCAGCACCUGAUUGGCUACCAGAGACCUUCAACCUCCAGACAGAGCUGCCACAGUUCAUCAAGCAUUAUCAUCUGAGACAUCAAAGGGGAGAGGACAACCACUGGAUCUGUAAGCCCUGGAACUUGGCCCGUGGACUGGACACACACAUCACCAACAAUCUGGACUACAUAAUUAGACAAAGAGAGAGUACACCAAAGGUGGUGUGUAAGUACCUUGAAGAUCCAGUGCUGUUCAGACGAGAGGAGGUGGGGAUGGUGAAGUUUGACAUCCGCUACAUGCUGAUGUUACGCUCUGUGCAGCCUCUGCGUCUCUAUGCUUACAAGGUCUUCUGGUUGCGUUUUGCUAAUAGACCUUUCUCCUUGGACCAUUUUGAUGAUUACCAAAAGCACUUCACCGUCAUGAACUAUGCAGAUGGUGUGGAGCUUAAGCAGGUGCACUAUGAUGAGUUCAUCCCCAUGUUUGAGGAGCAGUACCCACAGUAUCCAUGGAAGGAGGUGGAAGCGGAGUUGUUUAAAUCAUUCAGGGAACUCUUUGAGGCAGCUUCGUCUCGACCGGCUCCUUACGGUAUUUGUCAUUACCCAUCAUCCCGGGCGAUCUAUGCCGUAGACCUGAUGCUGAAGUGGAGUACAGGGCAAAAUGGUGAGCGGGUCAUGAAGCCUCAGAUCCUAGAGUUGAACUUCAGCCCAGACUGCGCCCGGGCCUGCCUCUACCACCCCUCCUUCUACAAUCACAUGUUUCAAACCCUGUUCCUGGAUCAGCCUGAGCAAUGCCCUGUCACACAGAUUGCAUGAUCAGCUCAACAGCACCAAAGUGUUUGCAGUUGUGUUUUUUUUUGUUCUUUUUUUACAGAGAAACUACUAGUGUUAUGAACCAGUGAUGGAAACCAAAACACCACUGUACAAAUAAGAAGCAAUAAAAACGUUGUUGGAUGAA